AAACCGCAUGGAAUGAAGCCAAUUGGUGGCGCGAGUGAGGCUCACGUUUGUUUGUCAAUUACCGGCAUUUGGAAAGGAAUCAGGUUUCCAUUUUGUCACAAGCGCCCAUUAGUUCCGUGCUAGACCGCGUGUGUCCAUCAAUUCAUCAUCAUCGCUUCCAUGCGGUUCUCGUCGCUGGUCUGCCGGAUGCUGCGCAAAUAAUAGUCCUUUUACAAAGUGUUUCAUUGCUAUUAAUUCCAUCACGCACUGAGAGCAGCCCUUAAGCCGCGAGUGCUUCACCAACGUCAGUGCAAGGAAUCGUACGACCGGCGCCGUUCAGGACCGUGAUAGUGGCCGCUGGCUCAUCAGUCUACGCGCAGCGUUGAAAGUGAAAGAAGGUUCCGAACGAUAUCUCCACGGUAUCACCAGCAGCAGCAGCAGCAGCAGCAGCAGUAUGGCUAGUGGUAAAAUAGCUCUCGUCAGUGUCUCGGACAAGUCCGGUUUGGUGGAGUUCGUUAAGCAGCUGAACGAUCUCGGCCUGAAGCUGGUAGCGAGCGGUGGAACAGCGAAAACGAUCCGCGAUCAGGGGCUCCCGGUUCGAGAUGUCUCCGAGAUAACCGGUGCACCGGAGAUGCUGGGUGGACGAGUGAAAACCCUGCACCCGGCCGUGCAUGCAGCCAUCCUGGCCCGUACCACUGAGUCCGAUCAGCGCGAUAUCCGGCAGCAGGCUUACGAGCUGACCCAGAUCGUCGUUUGCAAUCUGUACCCGUUCGGGUUGACCAUCUCGAAGCCCGACGUAACGAUAGCGGAAGCGGUGGAGAACAUCGACAUCGGUGGCGUGACAUUGUUGCGUGCGGCCGCGAAAAACCAUCAGCGUGUGACGGUCGUCUGUGAUCCGAAGGAUUACGGGCGGGUGGUGGAGGAAAUUCGUACGCAUGGUGACACGACGGAAGCAACGCGCCAAGUGCUCGCCCUCAAGGCAUUCACGCAUACGGCCGAGUACGAUGCACUCAUUUCCGAUUACUUCCGCAAACAGUACGCGGCCGGUGUGUCGCAGCUGAACCUGCGGUACGGUAUGAACCCGCACCAGAAACCGGCCCAACUGUACACGGCCCUCGAGCGCCUUCCGCUCAAGGUGGUCAAUGCAUCGCCAGGUUUCAUUAACCUUUGCGAUGCCCUGAACGGGUGGCAAUUGGUGCGCGAGUUAAAGCGGGCCCUGGGGCUACCCGCUGCCACCAGCUUCAAGCACGUGUCACCGGCCGGUGCUGCCGUCGGCGUUCCAUUGACGGUCGAGCAGGCGAAGCUCUGCAUGGUAGACGAUAUGCUGGACAGUCUGACACCGCUCGCCACGGCUUACGCACGUGCCCGCGGUGCCGAUCGGAUGUCAUCGUUCGGUGACUUUGUUGCCCUGUCCGAUACCUGCGAUCUGGCCACGGCAAAGAUCAUAUCGCGCGAAGUGUCCGAUGGUAUCAUUGCGCCCGGUUACACCGAAGAAGCGCUCGAGGUACUGCGCAAGAAGAAGAACGGUUCGUACUGUGUGCUGCAGAUCGAUCCCACGUACGAACCGGGCCCGGUUGAGCGCAAAACGCUGUUCGGUUUGCAGCUGGAGCAACGCCGCAACGAUGCGGACAUCGGUAAAGCCCUGUUCACGAACAUUGUGUCGAAGAGCAAAACGCUACCGGAGGGUGCGCUGCGCGAUCUGAUUGUGGCCACGAUCGCACUCAAGUACACGCAAAGUAACUCGGUCUGCUACGCCAAGGAUGGGCAGGUGGUCGGUAUUGGGGCCGGACAGCAGUCGCGCAUCCACUGUACCCGGCUUGCCGGUGAUAAGGUGGACAACUGGUGGUUGCGGCAGCAUCCGCGCGUUGCCUCGAUGCAAUUCCGGAAGGGGGUGAAGCGGGCGGAAAUCUCGAAUGCGAUCGACAACUACGUCAACGGGACGGUCGGGAAGGACAUGCCGGUGGCACAGUUCGAGGCGAUGCUCGAGAAGGUACCGGCAGCGCUGACGCAGGAUGAUCGUGAUCGGUGGAACCGCGAGCUGAAGGGUGUUUCGAUUGGUUCGGAUGCGUUCUUCCCAUUCCGUGAUAACGUCGAUCGAGCGGUGCUGAGUGGCGUUUCGUAUAUUGCUGCACCGGCCGGUUCGACCAACGAUGCGGGGGUCAUUGAUGCCUGCAACGAACAUGGCAUCGUCAUGGUGCACACCAACUUGCGGCUGUUCCAUCACUAAUCAAUCAAGGAACUCCAAGGGCCAUCUACAAACAAACAAACAAAAAACAUUUAAUAUACAUUUCUUUCUUUCCAUUUUUAUGAUUCGUAAAAAAAUCGAAUUUCCAUUUGUUUCCGUUGUUCUUUGAAAGAAAAUGAUUUCGUUAUCUAGGGUCUAGCAGCUUCGUAAUCUGGGCUUCGUGGGACUGGUACAGUUUGUUUCAUUCUUCGUAUGGCUUUGAAUCGAAAAUUGUUUCUAUCACCUAGAAAAAGAAACGAAAUUAAAUAUCCAGUGGCCACUUGUUAUUGAACAUAGAAUGCCCGCUGGAAGUGACAUGCUUUUCAAUCUGCAUCUGCUCGUCAAUCAUUCAUCUCCUGGAUUGGUGGCCUACCAUAGCAACUCGAUAGACCGAUUGGAGAUGACCUUUCUUUCAAACGGGUUGCUAGAUUGUUGCCGGUUCCGUCGCUCACUUGGUUUGUGUGAGCACUAGCCUACUACUAUGGGCCCACUGGUCGACCAGCACCGAAGGAUCAAAUUUCAAACCGCAUCUACCCA